AUGCUUCCUAAAUCGCGACUGACUGACCUCAUUAUCCAACGAGAACAUUACCAACAGCUUCAUGCAGCCCCUUCCCUGUUGCUCGCUUCUCUCCGUCAAAAGUACUGGCCUCUGGGUGGUCGAAACUCAGCGAGGAAAAUUUACCAUAGAUGCUUCCGGUGUAUCCGCGCAAAGCCAAAGCCUGUUCAGCAAUUAAUGGCUGAUCUUCCCUCGUCGAGAGUUGCCUAUUCACGACCCUUCCAGAGCACUGGCGCGGACUAUGCCGGUCCAAUCUUGUACCGUCCAUCCAUACCUCGGGGAGCGGCACAAAGAAGAAUUGGCUUACUCAAAGGUUAUAUCUCCGUAUUUGUUUGCAUGGCCAGCAAGGCAGUGCAUCUCGAGUUUGUGACCAGUCUUUCGACAGAGGCAUUCAUCGCCGCUUUUAGAAGGUUUGCUGCCCGUCGCCCUGCCCCAUGCCAUGUAUACUCCGACUGUGGAAAAAACUUUGAGGGAGCUGCCCGAGAAUUAGUCAAACUCUUGCAACAGGAAAGAUCUCAACACCAAAUUACUGAAGAAACCAUGGAAUCCGGUGUAAUUUGGCAUUUCAACCCCCCCAGAGCGCCGCACCAUGGAGGACUUUGGGAAGCGUGCGUGAAGAGUGUUAAAUAUCACUUAUCCAGGAUCGCACAACACACUCCCCAGUCCUAUGAAGAAUUGUGCACAACACUCUGCCAGAUCGAAUCAAUCCUCAACAGUCGCCCUAUUGGACUUACAUCCGAUAAUCCCAAUGAUUUGUCCUAUCUUACUCCUGGUCAUUUCCUUACUGGAGUUCCUGGAAACGCACUCCCAGAUCCCAACCUCAUUGAAAUUUCCCCAAAUCGACUCACCCAAUGGCAACUUUGUCAACAACAAUCGCAGAACUUCGGGAAGAGAUUUCGCCUGCUCUACCUGAAUACAUUACAACAGAGAAGCAAGUGGAAAUCAGGUCAGCCGAAUCUUUCUCCAAAGGAGGACGUGUUAUACUUGGAUGAGUCCCAGCUUGGGGCUAAGUGGAUCUUGGUACAGAUUGAGGCAAUUCAUCCGGGGAUUGAUGGUCGAGUGAGAGUGGUGUACAUCCGGACAUCGCGUGGAGUCUAUACAUGGCCUAUCACCAAAAUAGCUCGACUGCCAUCUGUGGAUUUCGAAUCUUCAUGCGCCAAAGAAUUGAACGACUCUUUGGAGCAUCCUGGGGAGGAUGUUCAAUAUUCUUAA